CGUGGGUUAUUAUUACUUUCAUGUUACCGGCUCACGUCCCUCUUUUUCUCCCGCGCCCCUCAACGCCCUCGUGGAGAACCACCUCGUUCGCGAGCUUACACGUCGCACCGUCCCGGUCGCCACGGCAGCUUCUGGUCUUCCGUCUGCCCCAUCACCGUCUCCGGUCUCUCCCCUCUGGGUGAAAUCGUGAUAUUCUCUGGCACUAUCCAGACCCUCCUGCCAUCGCACAUCGAUCUCCGUAGAGUCUUGCUGUACCAACAGUCGAAUCAUCCUCGGAUCUUUUCUGACAAAAAAUAAAAAACGAGCAGAAAAAAACCGUUCCAGCUCUAGGCCCACCGCCGACGGAGAAGCCCUCGUCGUAGAAGACCGCUGGUCGUGGCAUUCACAGGUCUCUGUCUCUAAUUGUUUGCAACUAAUUCAUAUUGAAACUGAACUGUUUGGUGGAGAGUGAAGACAAUUGUCAAACCUGGUCCAGAGAAACAACCUUCGCGGAACCCACUCUCUUGCCUCUGAGAAAUACUGGUAAAUGAGUUUGAGAGAGAGAAUGAGGGUUGAAAACAUUCUGAACUGAGAAUGAACCACAGAUAGUUUGCACUUGCAAGAACUGUUCUAACUGGUGAUGCAUAUUUGGAGGUCUGAGAUUGGAGUGUAGCUGCCAAAAUGAUGGUUGAGGAUCUUGGCAUUGAAGCUAAAGAAGCGGCAGUUCGUGAGGUUGCCAAGUUGUUGCCACUACCAGAUCUCUUGCAAUCUAUUGCAUCAAUCAAGGCUGACUACAUUGCACGCCAACAGGCAAAUGAUGCACAACUUAGUACAAUGGUGGCAGAGCAGGUGGAGCAGGCACAGGCUGGCUUAGAAUCACUUUCUUUAUCUCAAAGGACAAUAACCCAGCUCCGCGAGAACUUCGUUUCUAUUGAGAAGUUAUGUCAAGAAUGCCAAAAUUUGAUUGAAAACCAUGAUCAAAUAAAACUCCUGAGCAAUGCAAGGAAUAAUUUAAAUACAACUCUGAAGGAUGUGGAGGGAAUGAUGUCUAUUUCUGUUGAAGCAGCUGAGGCACGGGAUUCUUUGAGCGAUGAUAAAGAACUCAUUAAUACUUAUGAGAGAUUAUCAGCUCUUGAUGGGAAAAGGAGGUUUGCAUUAGCAGCCGCUGCAUCUCACAAAGAAGAGGUUGGCAGGUUAAGAGAAUAUUUUGAAGACGUGGAUCGCACUUGGGAGACAUUUGAGAAGACCUUAUGGGGCCAUAUUUCCAAUUUCUUUAAACUUUCUAAAGAAAGCCCACAAACUCUGGUUCGCGCUAUGAGGGUUGUUGAAAUGCAAGAGAUAUUUGAUCAACAACUUGCUGAGGAAGCAGCUGAAGCAGAGGGUGGUGGAGCCAUGGCAUCAAUCGCUAAUCCCCGCAGAACUGCCAAAAAAUCUACCAAUGCAACAGCUUCUUCUAGAAAUCUAACACAGCAAAAGCUAAAGGUUCAAGGGAAAGGCUAUAAGGACAAGUGCUAUGAGCAAAUAAGGAAGUCCGUUGAGGGACGGUUUAACAAGCUUUUGACCGAGCUUGUCUUUGAGGACCUGAAAGCAGCUUUGGAGGAAGCUCGAAUGAUCGGUGAAGAGCUUGGCGAUAUAUAUGAUUACGUGGCUCCUUGUUUUCCUCCAAGAUAUGAAAUAUUCCAACUCAUGGUAAAUCUAUACACUGAGAGGUUCAUUCAGAUGCUUAGACUACUCAGUGACAGGGGAAGUGCACUAUCAAAUAUAGAGAUUCUAAAGGUAACUGGGUGGGUUGUUGAAUACCAAGAUAAUCUGAUUGGACUCGGUGUUGACGAGUCUUUGGCUCAAGUUUGUUCUGAGAGUGGUGCGAUGGAUCCCCUCAUGAAUGCAUAUGUUGAAAGAAUGCAAGCGACGACCAGGAAAUGGUAUCUAAAUAUUCUGGAGGCUGAUAAAGUACAGCCACCAAAGAAAACAGACGAUGGAAAGCUAUAUACACCUGCUGCUGUUGACUUAUUUAGGAUCCUCGGAGAGCAAGUGCAAAUUGUUCGGGAUAAUAGCACUGAUGUAAUGCUCUACAGAAUUGCUUUGGCUAUUAUUCAGGUAAUGAUUGAUUUUCAAGCAGCUGAAAGGCAGAGACUCGAAGAACCUGCAUCUGAAAUUGGUCUAGAACCUUUAUGUGCAAUGAUCAACAAUAAUCUACGCUGCUAUGAUCUUGCAACUGAGCUUAGUAAUAGCACACUAGAAGCUCUUCCACGGAACUAUGCUGAGCAGGUAAAUUUUGAAGAUACUUGCAAAGGCUUUUUAGAGGUUGCAAAGGAAGCCGUGCAUCAAACUGUCAGUGUUAUAUUUGAAGACCCAGGAGUACAUGAGUUACUUGUAAAGCUUUACCAGAAAGAAUGGUGUGAAGGGCAGGUCACUGAAUACCUAGUCGCCACAUUUGGUGAUUAUUUUACAGAUGUGAAGAUGUACAUUGAAGAAAGAUCAUUUAGGAGAUUUGUUGAAGCUUGCCUGGAGGAAAGUGUGGUGGUUUAUGUUGAUCAUCUUCUCACACAGAGAAACUAUAUUAAGGAAGAAACAAUUGAACGAAUGAGGUUAGAUGAAGAGGUUCUCUUGGAUUUCUUCAGGGAGUACAUAAGUGUUUCUAAAGUUGAAACCAGGGUUAGAAUACUAAGCGAUUUGAGGGAGCUUGCUUCUGCUGAAAGCUUGGAUUCCUUCACGCUCGUCUACACGAAUAUACUUGAACAUCAACCCGAUUGUCCUCCAGAGGUGGUUGAGAAACUUGUGGGACUGCGAGAAGGCAUACCACGGAAGGAUGCUAAAGAGGUCGUGCAAGAAUGCAAAGAAAUAUAUGAGCAUUCUCUUGUUGAUGGAAACCCCCCGAAGGCAGGUUUUGUUUUUUCAAGGGUGAAAUCACUUUCGGCUUCCAAGGGAUAUCUAUGGCGAAAGCUGACUUAGAUCUGGUUGCUUGCACUUGAAGUUGAUAGGAAAAUGUGCUGGAGUCUUGCCACACUAGUGAGAUUUCUUCUUUUGCAGAGGAAAUUAAAUUUUCCUCUUUCCCAUUUUAAAUUGUAGAAAGUGUAUUAUUAUUUUUAUUAUUAUUCUCAUCAUUCUUUGUUGUUGCUUUGUUAAAAUUGAAGUCAGGCUGCCGUUCAUGUUUUGAAGUCAUUUGAUAUUUGGAACUCUUCAACUUGUCAAUAAGAUAUGCUAGUUCUGGUA